CAGUCUUACACAGUCUAACCCAACACCAUGGCCCUCUAUGAGUCUAAGACCGAGCUCUGGGACCUGGACAUCAAUGUGAUCCAGCCAGAAGGGAAAGGUCCAGAUCCAGCCACAGAUGGAAACAGCAGUACUGAGCCGUUCAGGGAUGCGUUCCAACGUUAUAUCCAGCCCUGUCUGGCAGAGCUGCUGGGUUCAUCUCUGUUUAUCUUUGUGGGGUGUCUGUCUGUGAUCGAGAACACAGAGGGCACCGGAAGGCUGCAGCCGGCCCUGGCACACGGCCUGGCCCUGGGCAUCGUUAUCGCCGUGCUGGGGGAGAUCAGUGGGGGGCACUUCAAUCCAGCAGUGUCUGUGUCUGUGUUUCUGAUCGGGGGUCUCAACAUCAUACUGCUGGUCCCCUACAUGCUGGCUCAGAUGUGUGGAGGGAUGAUAGGGGCAGGUCUAGCCAAGGUGAUUUCCCCAUCCAUGAACUAUGCCAAAGUUUCAGGGGCAGCAUUCGACACAGUGCAGGCCGACACCCAGAUAGUACCAGCCACGGUGGCAGAGGUGAUCAUGACUCUGUUCCUGACGAUGGUGGUGUGUAUGGGGGCUGUGAAUGGACGCACGCGCAGCCUGUUGGCCCCUCUCUGCAUCGGGCUGACCGUGACCGCAGACAUCCUGGCUGGGGGAGCAGUGUCUGGGGCAUGUAUGAACCCAGCUCGUGCCUUUGGCCCGGCCGUGGUGGCCGACUACUGGAGCUAUCACUGGAUCUACUGGGUGGGACCCAUGUCUGGAGCCCUGCUAACCGCCAGCUUCAUACGAUUACUGCUUGGGGAUGAGAAAACCAGAGUUCUCUUGAUAUGAUAUGGUGUAUAUAUAGAUUAUAUAUUGUCCAUACAUGCAAUCUAUUUUAUUCAAUGCCAUUUGUAUAAACACAUUUUUGUACAUUAAAUAUUGCAUUGUAUAUUUCUUUCUAUGAUUGAUCCCUUUUGACAUAGUAGAAGUGACUUCUGGCCCAUAGUCUGUGUUUUAUACCGCCACCUUUUGGUUAUGUGGUGAACUACAGCCUUGCAUUGGUCUGACUCUCACUGUCCUGUCAUACAACCUUCCAUAUGCGUCAUGCCUUUCCACUGAUUAUCUGCACACAGACAUCCAAAAACUAGCCACAUUAGAUAGCAUUUAAUUUGACACUGUAAUUGCUAUCUUGACUGAAAGUCUCAGCCAUAGAAAUAUAAUUACUAGAAAGGACAUAGCCCCUCAGACAACCGGUCCUCCCAUUAUGGACUCAUUGACUUGAACGGGGACCUCUCUUCUAGUAAUUAUAUUUCUAUGGCAGACACUCAUUUGAGACAGUAGUAUGUGAACGUUCAAAAAAUGUUGCAGUGAAGAUUGAAGAAAUGAAGUAUAAAUGUGUACAGCAGAGGAGUUGUCGUCAUGUCCAUUUAUUGAUUUGUACGUUGGAAAUAUAGAAGAUACUGUUUCUUUCAUACGCAAUUAAUACAAAUGAAUUAUUAAAUGAAUUCAUGAAUUCCAUUAGUGCCCCCUCAAGAAUAAGUACAUACUGUACAUGAUGCCUGUAUGCACAGUAACAGUCUGAUUUUGCCACAUUCUACACAUUUACAAUGUCAAUGUAUUUAUGACCUGUUAUUUGCUGAUGGAUGUGUCUACCAUUUAGGACAAAUAAUAAGAUAUUACACUAAAGUGUAAAAAGCCAGUUUCAUGUUUGACUGGAUUGUCUUUUCCUCCCGUCAGAGAAUAACAGGAGCAGACUUUGCACAGGUGCAGAGACUUUGUCAAACUGUCUAGUUUUAAUGCUUUAUCUUAUCUAGCUGGGACUGGCUAACAUCAAUGAUCUAUGCAUGGUUAAUACAAGCAGGUUAACCAAGAUUCAACUUUUUUGUUUGGCCUGGAAAUCUAGAAUAUUAUGUCUAGUAGUAGGCUGCUGUAUUAACAAACUAACAAAACAUUUAGUUGAUUUAAAUAGUAAAAACAUAUCAUAGUCAUAUUGACAUAUGCUCUACCCUGAAAAUGUUGUUUUCAAAUCAGUGCCAACAAAAUAUCUGUCUGCUGGACAAUUACUAUACUUUUAAACUGUAAACUGGUUGUCUGUUGUACUGUGUUCACUAGAGUAAACUGGUUGUCUGUUGUACUGUGUUCACUAGAGUAAACUGGUUGUCUGUUGUACUGUGUUCACUAGAGUAAACUGGUUGUCUGUUGUACUGUGUUCACUAGAGUAAACUGGUUGUCUGUUGUACUGUGUUCACUAGAGUAAACUGGUUGUCUGUUGUACUGUGUUCACUAGAGUAAACUGGUUGUCUGUUGUACUGUGUUCACUAGAGUAAACUGGUUGUCUGUUGUACUGUGUUCACUAGAGUAAACUGGUUGUCUGUUGUACUGUGUUCACUAGAGUAAACUGGUUGUCUGUUGUACUGUGUUCACUAGAGUAAACUGGUUGUCUGUUGUACUGUGUUCACUAGAGUAAACUGGUUGUCUGUUGUACUGUGUUCACUAGAGUAAACUGGUUGUCUGUUGUACUGUGUUCACUAGAGUAAACUGGUUGUCUGUUGUACUGUGUUCACUAGAGUAAACUGGUUGUCUGUUGUACUGUGUUCACUAGAGUAAACUGGUUGUCUGUUGUACUGUGUUCACUAGAGUAAACUGGUUGUCUGUUGUACUGUGUUCACUAGAGUAAACUGGUUGUCUGUUGUACUGUGUUCACUAGAGUAAACUGGUUGUCUGUUGUACUGUGUUCACUAGAGUAAACUGGUUGUCUGUUGUACUGUGUUCACUAGAGUAAACUGACUUGGAUUAAUCAUAACAUGGAUAUCAGUGUCAAAGAGUCCAUCGUUGGUCAAUGGAGCACUUCAAUGUUAUGCUCUCUCUCUCGCUCUCUU